UACUUCUCCCACCCACUACUUCUCCUUAUCUCCUUUAAAUUAGAUCCAUUAGUGAUUAGUCUGUGCUCUGCGUCUUCCGUCGACUAUCGAAAUCGAAUCUCACUUUUCAUUUCUUUCAAACUCUGUUGCAUACAAAUCACAACCCACGCACAUACACGGGAACACCCAACGCUUUCAUAAGAAACAACAAGCAAAGUUGAAAAAUGGCUGUAGCUCGUUUGGCUUUGAAGAAUUUGCAGCAGAAGUUCUCGACUUCUGCCUUAUCUGCUCACUUGGGCAACAGAGCAGCAACCUUGUCCAAACAACGAUGGGAUUCCGAAAUCAUGAGGAGGUUCUCAACUGCUGCUUCAGAAAAGGUUUCCGACGACCGGGAAGUUGCCGUCUCCGAAGGAGAUGGUAAGAAAUCCAAGCUGUUCCGUAGGAACCAACGCAGAAGAAACCUUUGGAGGAACCCUGGCUUUCCCUUGUCUCUCAAUGAAUUCUUCCCGUCAGGGCUUGAAAACGCAUUACUACAAGCAUCCGAGAACCUGAACAGGUUGUUGGAGAAUUUGACGCCAUCUCGGUUGAUGGGUCGAAUGAGGGAGGACGACGACAGCUACAAAUUGCGAUACGAAGUGCCGGGUCUGUCUAAGGAGGACGUGAAGAUCACCAUAGAAGAUGGAUUCCUGACAAUUAAAGGAGAACACCAGGAAGAGGACGUCUCGGACGACGAUCGUUGGUCGUCUGCGAGUUGUGGGUACUACAAUACGAGCCUGCAGUUGCCGGAUGACGCCAAGGUGGAUGAGAUUAAGGCUGAAAUGAAGGAUGGGUUGCUAUUCAUCACCAUACCCAGAACUGGGCAAAGAAAAGAUGUGAAAGAAGUGAUGAUUCAGUAACAACUUUCAUGUGUCUGUAGUUUUGGUGGAUUCUCUGUCUUUUGGAAUGCGUCUAUUGUGAAGUAAAGUGAUGUAUUACGUGCAUGAAUAAAUAGAAACUUGUUUGAAUCGAAUAAUGGUGGCAUAAUGCUGCAGAAAGCAGGUGGUGCUUGAGUUUGCAGAA